GGAGGGUUGAGGGGCGGGGUUCCUAGCGUUACCAGAAGCCUAUUCGCCCAAAAGCUUGAGGGCGGGGCGAAGGGCCGUCCUGGAGGUGAGGGGCGGGGCGAUGCCCCCUACUUAAAAUUUGAGGAGCCAGUUAAGAUCCAAAGGCAGCCAAGCCGGUAGGGGGUGUGCAGGCAUUGGUAGAGAGUGGUCGAAGUCCUUUGGGCUCUGGCGCGACCUGUCCCUCGCUCAGACCAGACCGUUGGGUUAGCAAGCUCACGUUGGUGGGUGGGGGAGGGGGUGUUCAGACGCAUGCGCAGUGCUCUGGGGCCCCUGAGGGAGGAAAGAGCUCAGGCUGAGGAAAGCGUGUGCCUAGACCCAGCGCGGCCAUGUGUGAUGCUGGCGGUUACCGAGCCCUGCGGGGGAGAAGCGCGGGCCAACUCAAGGGCAGGCCCUGGGCAGCAGCCUUGGAGGAGUCCAGCUAUGAGUACGGCUCCACGAAGUACCUACUGCUAUGCGGCCUGGGCGGGAUGCUGAGCUGCGGACUGACGCACACGGCCAUCGUGCCUCUAGACCUGGUCAAGUGUCGCAUGCAGGUGGACCCCAGCAAGUACAAGGGCAUCCUGAGCGGCUUUGGCGUGACACUGCGGGACGACGGGCUGCGCGGCCUGGCCCGAGGCUGGGCCCCGACCUUUCUAGGCUACUCCAUGCAGGGCCUCUUCAAGUUUGGCCUCUACGAGGUCUUCAAAAUCCGCUACGCGGAGCUCCUGGGCCAGGAGAAGGCCUACGAAUGGAGAACCGGGCUGUACCUGGCCGCUUCAGCCAGCGCCGAGUUCUUCGCCGACGUGGCCCUGGCCCCUAUGGAAGCGGUGAAGGUUCGCAUGCAGACGCAGCAGGGCUAUGCCCGCACGCUCCGGGCCGCGGCCCCCAAGAUGUACGGCGAGGAGGGCAUGUGGGCCUUCUACAAAGGCGUGGCGCCGCUCUGGAUGCGCCAGAUCCCCUAUACCAUGAUGAAGUUCGCCUGCUUCGAGCGCACGGUUGAGGCGCUUUACAAGUACGUGGUGCCCAAGCCGCAGAGCCAUUGCACCAAAAGUGAGCAGCUGGCCGUGACCUUUGUGGCUGGCUACAUCGCUGGCGUCUUCUGUGCCGUGGUAUCCCACCCUGCGGAUUCCGUCGUGUCUGUUUUGAACAAGGAGAAAGGCAGCACGGCCUUUGACGUUCUCCGCAGACUGGGGUUCAAGGGCGUGUGGAAAGGCCUGUUCGCCCGGAUCAUCAUGAUUGGCACCCUGACUGCCCUGCAGUGGUUCAUCUACGACUCGGUCAAGGUCUAUUUCAAAUUGCCUCGCCCUCCAGUCCCUCAAGCGCCCAAAUCCCGAAAGUAGGCAUGGAUUGCAAGACUCCUGUGGCCAUCAUUGGCCAGUAUUUCGAUUCCGUGGGGGAUUAUGUUCAAAUAAUACUAGUGCUAGGAUGUUAACGUUUGUGGAGAGGUGACAACGUGCAGACCUAGUUUUCUUUAAGUGAUCCAUUCCUGCUUUUUGGCAAUCCAAGAGAAUUGCAACCGUUUCAUUUGGGGUUUUGGACCAUUGUGUUUGGGGAGUCGGCAUGGUUGCUUUAACUCAGUAGCUUUUCAGCAAU